AGCAGAGGAAAUUUGACUACGGGAGAUUGCGCAACUCCCAACCACCACCUUCACCCUGUUACGUUACAUAAUAGGCGUGAACUGGCUGCCUGUUUAAAUUAUCCCACCCACCCUGAUCCUUCCCUGCCACCCCCUGAGCCACCACCAACACCGCCGCUCUAUAUAAACAGGAAACAGCGGGAGGCGAGUUCACGUUUGUCCACCGCGAGGCGCGCAUCUAUCCACAGCUCUGCAGCCAGGACAGAGGCUCCAACCGUUCCCCUGAAGGCUGCGCGAUCCAGGCACUCGAGAUGCGUCUCUUCUUCCUGCUGACGCUUUCGGUCGCUGUGGCCAAUGGCUCAUACUUCGUCACCUACCCACGCAAGUGGAGCAGCGGCGACUUCACGAUGGCCGUCUCCCUCCUUUGGAUCAACGGCAGCGAGACCCAAGCGGACGUGACCCUGCAGCUUCAGCCCAACGGCAUUCGCAAGGAGCUUAGCGGCCUGCGUGUGGGUUCAACCAGAAAAGUGACCUUCAGUGAGGCCGAGAUCCUGACAGGUAACACCAGACGCUACGACAUAACCAUCACAGGCAAGGCCGACGGCAGGGAGCUUUUCUUCACGCAGCUGCGCCGCAAUGUGGCCCCACGGGACGUAGGCAUCUUGGUGCAGCUCAACCGCUUGGUCUACGCGCCGGGCGACGAGGUGCACUUCAACGUGAUCGGCGUCUACCGGAACCUCUUGCCCUACCACGGGUCUUUCAACGUCUCCGUGUGGAACCCAGUGGGGUUGCUGGUGCAGUCGUGGAAGGACGUGCAAGCAAAGAACGGCGCCAUCUCCCUGCACUUCCCUCUGUCCGUGCUGGCGGAAAAAAACCGAUGGAGAAUACACGUGGAGGCCGAGAGAUUCCAGACUGUUACCCAGUUCACAGUUAACAACAACAGUCGCCGCACCAGUGAGUUGAUCGUCGAACUCCCGAGCUACUUCUCCCUCGAUGGCAGCGAUGAUGCUUCAGUGACGAUAACUGCAUGGAGCCGAGGUCAGCCUCGGCAAGGCAUCGCACAAGUCACCGUCGGCACGUUUUUCAGCGACGCGUCCAUCAGGAUGAACGUAACGUUGCAGAUUUCUGGAACGACAAACGUCAUCAUCAGACGUAAUGACAUCCUGACCCUGCUCAACAAUUAUCAGUGGAAUCAGGAGGGUCGUAGAGCAUUCUACGUCACCGUUGAGGUCAAGGAUGACCAGACAGCCAGGACAGUAAGCCACACCGAUACAAUUCGCCUUGUACAACAUAGAGUGAAGCUCACCAAUGUGAAAAGCUCGCAACUCAAGCCGGGUCUUCAUUACCACCAAGAAAUCUGGGUAUCUCUCGCAGAUGACCAGCCACUCACGGCCCAGGAUCUAGGCACAAAGCUCAUGGUGACGGUAACUCAGGCCUCAUCAUUGAUGCCUAGGAAUGGGUGCAAGCUUCUCAACCAAUCUUUGAACGACCAAAGAUUUCAAAGAAAUUACAUGGUCCCUGCCAGCGGGGUCGUUUCUGUGGACGUACCGACGUCUCGCGACUCCAUCGUGCUCUUCGUGGAGGCUCGAUUUGGAGAGGUCGAAUUUUGUCAUUCGGUGUAUAUGAACAUGAAUUUCCGUCUCGGCCUCAGCUUGGAUUUCACCGCCAAUCAGUCCGUCGCCAGGGUUGGGAUGCCUGUUCCCUUCACGGUGGAAACUCUGGAUAACAUCACAGAGGUGUCCUACCAGGUGGUGUCGAGGGGCCAACUGGUGGAGGCCGGCACGGCGGCCAUGCCGCGGUUCUUGCUGACGCCGUCGCGGGCCUGGGGCCCCGUGGCCCACGUCAUCGCGUAUUACACAGACAGCAGCAACAUGAUCGUCCACGACAUGGUCUCGCUGCCAGUGCUGGGUUACCUCCUCAACGAGGUGACCGUGACCUGGAGCAAGGCCACGGCUAUGCCUGGAGAUAAUGUGAGCCUGGAGGUGAGGGCCUCUGACCCCGGGUCGUUUGUGGGAGUCGCCGUGUCCCCGUACUCCACGGACGGAAGGGCAAGUAACUUGGACAUGGAGAACACGGUUAUCUAUCAGCUGGACUCUGAUUUGCAAAACUGGAUGCACGUCAAGUUCGAGGCGGCCGGCCUGGAAUACCUCUUGGACGGGGACCUGCAGGGCUGGGGCAUUGACCAUCUUGCACAAAUGGGGGAGGUGGAGCAAAUGGGGGAGAUGGCGCCUCAACCGGACGUUCAAGUCUCCAACUCGGAGUUUUGGUUGUGGCAGACGGGCAUUCUGGGACCUAACAGGAGGAGCACGUUCACAGACACCGUCCCGGGAAUCAACACGGUGUGGGAGGGCUAUGCCCUGUCUAUGUCCAAUACCAAUGGCCUCGGCCUGGCAAAGACCGGCACCCAGCUGAAGGUGUUUUCGCCGUUGCACAUCUCCAUGAACGUUCCGGAAGUCGCCAUUCUGGGGGAGGAGUUCAUCGUGGUGGCCACCGUCUUCAACAACCAAGAGACAGGGGCGGCCGAGGUCGUGGCGACGCUGCAGGAGAGCGAUGCCAACUUCACCGUGCUCUUCCCGUCGGCCGGCACCGUCGCCAACCAGCGCGGCCUCGUGGUGCCCGCGGGCGAGCUCAGGACCGCGUCAUUCGCCGUGUCGCUGCUCGUCGUGGGCGAGGUCUCCUUCACAGUGGUCGUCUCCUACCAGGGCAUCAACUACACCGUGACGGCGCGCGUCGUCGUGAAGUUCCCAGGAUUCCCACAGACUCACUCGCAGAGCGCGAUGAUCAUUCUGUCGCCCACAAAUGCCACCUUCAACUUCCUCUUCGUCUUCCCGUUCAACUUCGUGGACGGCAGCGGCACCGCCAUCAUCUACAUCUACAGCAGCAUCAUGGGGCCGUCGAUAGUCGGACUCGAGAACCUGCUGCAAAUGCCGUGCGGCUGCGGCGAGCAGACCAUGAUCUACCUAGCUCCCGGGAUCUACAUCCGCAUCUACCUGGAGCUCACGAUGCAGAUCACGAUCUCUGUCCGGGAGAAGUCGCAGAACUACAUGACGUCAGGCUACCAGCGUGAGCUCACCUUCGCGAGGAAUGACGGGUCCUUCAGCGCCUUUGGAAACAGGGACAGCGUGGGCAGCACAUGGCUCACGGCGUUCGUCCUGCGGAGUUUGAUGCAGGCCCGGCGCUACAUCUCGGUGGACGAGCAGGUGGUCUUCCGGGCCCGCAACUUCCUGCUGGGUGCCUUGCUGCCAUCUGGGAAGUUCGUGGAGCGUGGCAACGUCAUCCACAAGGAGCUGCAGGGCGGCUCCGCCGGGGCCAUCAGUCUCACGGCCUACACGCUGCUCGCCUUCCUGGAGGACCCCACGGCCAACACGGCCACGUACGUGAGAUCCGUUCAAUUCCUGGAGGCGAACGUCACCGGGGGCGGUGCAGCGACGAACCUUCCCCUGGCGCUCACCGCGUACGCCCUGGCGCUCGCCAACAGCAGCCAUGCCGGCGCGGCGCUGGCGCUGCUCAACGCACGCGCUACCGAAAAAGAUGGCCUCAAGUUUUGGGAGGACACGACGUCGGGUCAGCUGCAGUACUCGUGGCAGCCAUCGGCCGUCACCAUUGAGGCCACUGCGUACGCGCUGCUCGCUCACCUGCACCAGGGCAAGGUCAUCGAAGGAACGCCCAUCAUGAAGUGGCUGAGUCAGCAGCGGAACCACCUGGGAGGAUACUCCUCCACCCAGGACACGGUCGUGGCGCUGCAGGCCCUGUCGGAGUUCACGGUGGCGUCGUCGAUGCAGGCGGCCGGCGCGGUGACGGUGUCGGCGCCGGGCCUGGGCGUCCCACGCACCUUUCAGCUCACUGGCACGAGUGUCAUGGAGAGACACAGCAUUGAGAUUCCCCCAAGACCCAACAUGAACGUGACGCUGUCCACGAAUGGGUCUGCCACUAUCAUCGCGCAGCUGAACGUUUUCUACAACGUGCACCCGGCGGUGGCUCGGCGCAGCGCCCGCGCCGCGGCUCCCGUCCCGAGCUUCGAGCUGGUGGUGGGGCUCGACGACAGACAUGCCAACGGUUCCAUUGGGGAGAUGAUGCAGCUGAAGGUGUGCACGAGCUGGAAGGGCGAUGGCGAGUCCGGCAUGGCGCUCAUGGAGGUGAACCUGCUCAGUGGCUUCGUGGCGGCCAAGGACCAGAUAGUGAUGAUCAGUAACCUCAAGCUGGUGGAGGAAUCUCCGGGGAAGCUCUACCUCUACUUGGUGAAACUGACAGGCAGCCAGACGUGCGUGUUCAUCCCACAUUACCGAGUGGCCUUCGUAGCCAAAGCCAAGGAGGGAUCGGUUGCCAUCAGCGAUUACUACGAACCAAGGCGCAGGGUGGAGCGGGUGUACUCGUCGGCGCCGCUCUCCACGCUCGAGCUGUGCUCGCUGUGCGGGCCCGACUGCGCCAGGUGCAAGAGCAACGUGAAAGGCGGCGGGGAUUCGGCGGUCGUGCCGCUGCUGCCCCGCACCGUGCUGUGGGUGGCUGUGCUCACGACCCUCGGCCAGGCCUGGCUCGGCCUCUGAACGUCGGCGGCCCGCCCGCCGUUUGGCCCUCGGGCGACCGUUGCUCGGUGACUGCGUUUUUAAAAAAUCGACGCCCACCCCCCCCAAGGGGACAUCGUUUAGUGCUCGAUGCUCAUUGUUGUUAUAAAAAAAGUUCAACACGUAUCAUAACUUGAUCGUGAUAUUUUUACGUUCUCUAAUCGUGCAAGCUAUAUAUGUAUACAGGUAGUCCCCGACUUACGAUGGUCCGACUUACGAUAUUUUGAUCUUGCGAUGGCGAUAGUGAUAUGACAAAAUUGUUAAAUAUUUUCAAUUUCACGCGGCAGGCAAACGCAGCAGCGUACGAGGUACGAUACUGUAACUUUAUCAUCGCCAUCCUCCUCUUCCGACAACUAAGUUAAUGUAGCCAUCAG